GUUCACUAAUGCUGGGUAUUGUCAGGCAGCACAGUGUACGGUGUUAUCAUAGAGCUUUGGCUCUACCUGCUGGACAUUGAAGGUGACUUCCUGUGGUUGCAGUGAGUGCGGAUGUGAAGUUUCGUUACUUGCAGUCAUAGUGAGUUCUUGUGAUGAGCGGACGGUCUCGCGGUGGAGUGCUGAGAUAUGGUGCAGUGAACUCUCCCGGCAGGUUACCAAGGCUUCUUCUCCUCCGUGGUCACUCACAUGGAGUCUAUAGAAGGCAUCUGGAACACCACCAACGAGGAGAGCAUUCUACAGGCGGACUUCCAGUAUGGCCUCUUCACCGUCACAUACAGCCUGGUGUUCAUCCUCGGGUUACCAGGCAAUGCCUUGGCACUCUACUACCUUUGCCAGAGCCGGCAGCGCUCCCGCAGCUCCAAUAUCUACUUUGUCAACCUGUCCGCAGUGGAUUCCUUCUUCAUCUGCCUUCUGCCUAUUCGCAUUUAUUAUCAUAACAGUGGAAACCACUGGAUCUUUGGCGAUGUGGCUUGUCGCGUUACCGGCGCCCUUUUCUAUGCCAACAUCUACCUCAGCAUCGGCUUCUUCACCUGUAUAUGCUUGGACCGGUACCUGGCUGUGGUCCACCCACUGAUGUACAUGAAGCUGAAGCGUACCCGCUGCUCUCUGAUACUUACCAUUGUCAUCUGGGUCAUAUGUAGCACCAUUAUGCUGCCUCUAAUCCUGGGAGGACCUCUGGGCAGUGCCCCUGAGAAUGGCACCAGGACUUCUUGCUUUGAGGACUUCUCCACAUCAGUGUGGCAAGGCCGUCUGGCACCGUACAACAUCUGCGCCCUGAUCUUCGGUUUCCUGGUCCCUUUCACCGUGGUGGGGGUGGUGAUCCCUCUAAUAGCACGACGGAUAUGUGGAAUGAAGUCCAGCAUCCAUCGCAAGGUGGCCUUAAGAAUCAUUGUCUUCAUUCUGCUGGUGUGUAUGCUGUGCUUCCUGCCCUACAACAUCUCGCACCUGCUGCACUUUCUGAUGAGACUGAACAUCAUCCAGGAUUGUGCGUUUACCGUGCACAUCUACAAGUUACGCCGCAUCACUUUGGCUUUAGUAAGUCUGAACAGCUGCCUGAACCCCAUCCUGUACUUUAUCCCAUACUUAAGCCGGAGGCUCAGUGCUCCCUACCGCAAGCAGACGUACAACGUCCAGAACGGGAAACUGACAGACAAAGCCCCGGCUAAAAUGGCGUCACCUUGUCACUUACCGAGAAAACUGGAGCCUGCUACUAUACUGGGAGCUAAGGUUGAAUGGUCAGUGCUGUGAUCUAGACAAAAGCUGCGCCAUUUAUUGGUCUAUACCAGUGGUCCGCAGGUUGAAGACCACUGGUCUAUACUGAACA